CAAAUCGGCACAAACUCCCGGGCCGUCGCUGGUUCGGCCCUGGCCGAGCGCGUGCUGCGGAAGCGCGACGGCCGCAUGUCCCAGGCAGCGCCGCGGCCAUGGAGCAGGGGCGCCCGGACCCGCCGAGCAGGGGGCACACGGGCGAGCCGGUGUGCUCCACGCUCGGCCGCAGGUGUCUCGGGGGGCCAGCGGUGUCGCAGAGGAGCUCGGUGUUCCAGACAGGCGCGGGCUACACCAACACGCUCCACGCCGAGCUCUUCUCCCGCACGCCCGCGGCGGAGCAGCCCGCCGAGGCGACGUCGGGCCCGGCGGACGCGCCCCAGAAGCCGGGCACCGUGCGGAUGACGGUGGGGCAGCGCGCGCAGAAGGUCACCGCCGUGCCGCACCCGUUCGGCGCGGAUGGGGCGACGCCCUGUGUGGAGAUCGACCGCGAGCUCGCGCCGCCAGUGCCCUCGGAACCCCCGCUGUCGGCGGCUGUUGCUUUCGUGCUGGCGAGCGGUAAGCCAGGCCCUUUCGAGCUCGGCGACCCGGUCGGCUCCACCCAAGACACAUCAUGCUUGCUCGGCUCCUGGUCGGCCAGCUUGAACAACUCGGGCAUAGGUGGGGACGUCUGCGUGUCGUGGGACAUCGUCGACGUGGAGGGCGCACUUUUGGUGUGCAAUUUGCAGAUCACAGACUCCAAGGGAGGGUCUGUCACUUUGGCCAUGCCCCUGCGUCACGUCUUGCAACCGCGUUUAGACAAACAGUGUAAUUGGGGGUGCCUUGUGGAUUCCCUUGGGGAGGACGGAUCUGGAUUUCCUUUUUUUUUUGGUCGUGACCGUUUGGCUGUCCCUUCAACCCUGCUGGCAGGCUUUGGGUCUGAAGCAAUUUCCGCAGUGUGGCGUUUGUGGAAUAGCGGUCAGGAUCAGCCAGUGUGGACGGUGUUCGCGCAGGGCGACAGCUUGCUUGUAAUAUCUGCGGAGGUGCCAACACCACAGUCGGAGUUUGAGCGAGCUGCGCGAACGCUCUUGGACCUACCAGCGGUGGCUUUGUUGGAAGCUGUUUCUGGGGAUGAUCUAAUCUGCCAUCAAGUCGCUGAGUUGCAGCCUCAAAAGGGUACUCCACGAGUGUUGCGGCUCUCUGGAGUUGCACACUUGGACGGCGCCAAUGGCAUCUACGUGGAGGAUUGCCUUCGCCAAGGAGCGCACCUCUCUCUCUCCGCAGUGUACGAGGAAGAGUCGAUGCCUGUCCUGUACAGCCUGGUGGCGCCCGAGAGUACCAACCCCCUCUGGCGAGUGGUGCGGCGUAACAGCGGGGAGUCCAAGAUGCAGCCCAGCGUUGUGGCGAAGUGGACCGCCUCUGGGUGGAUGGAGGCGAAGAAGCUCGGGAAGAAGAAGCACGAGCUCUUCCUGGCGAAGACCAUCGCGCUGGAAGAGCUGGGCCCCGGCGGCUGGCACGAGUACAGGCAACGACAACGACAACGAGUUGGCAAGGAGGCCAGCGACAACGACUUGGCCAUGGCCAAGGCCAAGGCCAAGGCCAAGUCCAAGCCCUGCAAGGACCCCACGGCGGUCGAGCCGAAGCUCGCCACCUUCGAGGAGCCCGGGCGCGUCCGUCUCCCUCACCAACGCGCGGGCCCAGGAGGUCGUCGAGCAGCUGACGCGCAAGAAGGGCCUGAGGGUGCGGUCGCAGGGCGCCGCGCUGAAGGCCUCCUCGGCCGAGGGCGGCGUCGGCGCCCCCGAGAAGGAGGCCCAGGCGAGGUCGGCGCGGGCGCCCUCGGCUGGCGCCGCGGGCCGCGCCCGCCGCUCGCGCGCGGGGGGCGCGGAGACGGCUGGGCAGCGCGGCGAGGCGGAGCGGCCGGGAGCGCCACCC